AAAGCGCCCCUCCACCCGGGUAUGGCUGGGAAGAGCGUAGUAUAUCGAUUUUGUCUACAACUUCCGCAUUUGACACAGGAAUAAACCGAAGGGACAAGUUUCUUGGUCGGAAUCGCUGCAUCAUCUGUGGAAUACCAGAAAGCUAUUUACUUGAACAUUGCCAUAUUAUAAUGAGGUCAGAUCCGGAGCUUUGGUCCGAACUCCAGACCUACGGGUGGAUUCCCCGACAGGCCAAAGCACACCCAGAACAUGAGCCGCGUAAUGGCUUGUAUAUGUGUAUACAUCAUCAUAGGGCUUUUGAUGCAUAUCGCUUCUUUAUUCGCUUCUAUCCCGAUAUUCGGAAGUUUGUGUUCGUCAACUACUCUGAGGAUGCGUUUCUACGACAAUACCACGGUAAAGCCAUUGCCCUCGAUGUGGGAGAUCGCUAUGCACCCUUUCCUUCCCUAUUCAUCGUCCACGAGAUGCGCGUCCGUGGGUUCCAUCCCUUUAGGCCCAUUCAACCAGACAUUGGUGAUGGCAUUCCUUGGCAAGACUGGAUCCUAUCGGACGAUGUAUUGAUGGACAACACGUCCAACAAUUAUUUCAAUCGUGACAGUCCUCCCCACAACGGUGAAAGCAAUGCGUUUGGCCAACCACGGGUGCUGUUUCAGCCUGGAACGACGACAACUGGUGGUGGGUCGUCUGGCGGACGCACACUAGCAUUAAACGACAACGUUAUUGCUGACAUUCUCGCGGCAACGCGCGAGUUGCCAUCGUGGAAAGCCUGUCAGAUGGAGGGCAUGGGCUGGAGUGGUACAGCAGAAGAGAAUAUCCAGAAAUAUGUCUCUACUUUUGAUGUGCAAGGUCCUUGAUAAUAGACACUUAGUUGAGUAGUUUUUUCCAAGAUACAAAUUGUCUUUUGCUUGUGUGGUUUGAAGAAAGUGGUAGACAAAGUUAUAGUAGCUACAAAUUAAUUGUAUUCAUUGCACAGUACCCAAGACACUGAAUGUUAUUGUUG